CUCAACAGACAAAAAAGUUAAAAUAUUUUAACAAAUCUGAGUUCUCUGUAGUAACAAAUAAUAAUAUUGAAGUAGAACCAGAAUUAAUAUUAAACCAAAAUUUUAAUAUAUUAAAUACUACAAUAUAUAUUUUUUAUGAUUUAUCUAAAUCUGAAUCUAAUGAGUCUAAAUCUGAUAAGUCAAAAUCUGAUGAGUCUGAAUCUAAUAAGUCUGAAUUAGGAUCUGAGAAUUUAUUUUAA